GUAACCGCGUAACUACUUAUUCAUUACUUGAUCGGCUUUGAAGAAGCGGUGGUGCUAAACUGUACAAAAUGUCUGGAAGAGGAAAAACUGGAGGAAAGGCCCGUGCCAAGGCGAAGACUCGUAGUUCCCGCGCAGGACUGCAGUUCCCUGUGGGCAGAGUCCAUCGUCUGCUGCGGAAGGGAAACUACGCCGAAAGGGUUGGUGCUGGUGCUCCUGUUUACCUAGCUGCUGUGCUUGAAUACCUCACUGCUGAGAUCCUCGAGCUGGCUGGCAACGCUGCCCGAGACAACAAGAAGACUCGUAUCAUCCCUCGCCAUUUGCAGCUCGCCGUUCGCAACGACGAAGAAUUGAACAAAUUGCUUGGCGGGGUUACCAUUGCCCAGGGAGGCGUCUUGCCCAACAUCCAGGCUGUUCUGCUGCCGAAGAAAACCGGACAGGCUGCACCAAGUACUGGCAAGGCGGGAAAGAAGGCCUCCUCUCAGUCUCAAGAAUACUAGCAAGCUAACUAGUUAGCUAGUAACUAGUUAGCUGCAAGACGGACUAAACUCUCGAAUUCGACAUGCCCCCUCACUGGUUUUGCUAGAUUCAAGCUUUCAUCUGUUCCUUUUUAAGCGCAUGUUUUUUUUGGUUGCAAUAAAUGCGGUUUUAUACAA